AUGUCAUAUAUAGGAUUUUGUGCCCCGCUUUGUGCAGCUCCUGGAGAAGUGACUCCAAACCCUGGAUUUAUAAUAAUAUCGGAUUUUGGUGGCAGUUGGUGUAUUGUCGAAACUAAUUUCGAGAGUGAAGUAUUCGAUCUUCGAGGAAUGGUGGAAGUUGGUGACGUUAUACUUAAAUAUAUUUCGUCGUUAGGAAAACAAGCGAUUAUAAAGAAUAAUGGUAAACAAUAUGGAACAACGCUGUAUGGACGUCCUCGAGUUAUGCUUAAAAGUCUAGGAGCAUACGCUUAUUGCAAGCGGCACCGUGUAGAAACGAUUCAUCGUUCUUAUGAAGAACUACCGCCGGCGACUGGUGGGAAACCAUUUCCGUGGAAUGGUCCUCCCCCCACUAAAAUUCCAACACCAGCUCCAACGCCAGCGCCACCCCCAACACCAGCACCAACGCCAGCGCCACCCCCAACACCAGCACCAACGCCACCCCCAACACCAGCUCCAACGCCAGCGCCACCCCCAACACCAGCUCCAACGCCAGCACCGCCCCCAACACCAGCACCAACGCCAGCACCGCCCCCAACACCAGCACCAACGCCAGCACCUCCCCCAACACCAGCUCCAACGCCAGCACCUCCCCCAACACCAGCUCCAACGCCAGCGCCAAACCCACAACCUACAACUACUAAACGCACUACAACUACAACCACGACUACGACUACAAUAAUGCGACCAACUCCGAUUGGACUUGGACAGAUUGGCCGUGGAGACUAG